ACAUCUAACCACCAUGAUUUUGCUUACGUACGCCCGGUUAGGUUGAUUGUGAAUCCUUUCCCGGCACUUACCCGCGAAGCAAUUCACAAUCAACCUAACCGGGCGUACUCUACAGUUUUGCUGCUCUACUUGAUUUGAAUAGCUAUCUAUGUGCGCAGAAUUUGUAUCACGAUCAAAUGACAGGUCUCUGAAGAAUUUGUGAUUCCGUACUGAAGACCAAUUUAUUUUCUCUUAAUAUUAUUACAAUACAGUGAAAUUUAUCAGCAAUGAAGGUUCCGGUUUAUUGAAUUCUUCACGUUUCAAUAUUUUCAGAAACAAUGUUGAGUAUAGUUCGCCAAUCUGCCAAAAUUUUUUACCGGAGUAAUCUGACAGAAACAUGUUACGUUGGACGAACGCUUAUGGUCUCUUCUUCGACAAGAGCAAUCAACACAAGUGGAUAUAAAAUUCUACGCAAGCUGCCGUCUCAAGUUACCAAAAUACAAAGCGUUCUAAGACAAUCUGGGACUAUUGCAUUGAGCUAUGCAUCUAAAGCAACCCCAAAAUCGAAGAAGGUUGUCGGUAGUUGGCUGUUGACUUGUAGCGGAAUGGUUUUUGUAGCUGUAGCUUUAGGGGGCAUAACUAGACUGACUGAAUCCGGGCUAUCUAUGGUCACAUGGAAAUUACUUGGAGAAAAAAUGCCUUCAACAGAAGCUGAUUGGAUUGAGGAGUUUGAGAAGUACAAACAAUUCCCAGAAUUCAAGAUAUCAAACACAGAAAUUUCACUGCAGGAGUUCAAGCGAAUUUGGUGGAUGGAAUACUUGCACAGAACAUGGGGAAGGCUGAUAGGCGCAGCAUUCAUACUUCCAGCAACAUUUUUCUGGGCGAGAGGAUGGCUGGAUUCGCAAGCAAAGAUACGAAUUCUUAUACUGGGAUCGCUGAUUGGAAUGCAGGGUUUAAUGGGAUGGUAUAUGGUCAAGUCUGGACUAGAAGAUAGAUUCGACGGUCCAUCCGAUGUGCCAAGAGUUUCACAGUACCGACUCGCAUCCCACCUUGGCUUAGCUCUGAUCAUCUAUUCAGGAUUUUUCUACAGUGCACUGGACUAUUUGAUGCCGGCAAAACGAGUAGCUGUAGACUACUUUAGCUCGGAAAAGGUGAAGACGCACGUAACGCAGGGCUUGCGGAGACUUAGAGUGAUGGCUUAUUCGUCAAAGGGGCUCGUUUUCCUCACUGCUCUGUCUGGAGCCUUUGUCGCUGGUAUGGAUGCUGGGCUUGUCUAUAACACCUUUCCCAAAAUGGCAGACAAAUGGAUACCGGAUGAUAUCCUUGCUAUCUCACCAGUACUCAGAAACUUUACCGAAAAUGCAACUACUGUUCAAUUCGAUCAUCGAAUAUUAGGAAUAACAACACUAUCGAUGAUAACGGCGACUUGGCUAUUUUCUCGAAAGUAUGUUUUACCAGGCAGAGGUUCCAAGGCAGCCAUGGCACUCCUCUGCUUUGGAUAUCUGCAGGUCAUAUUAGGUAUCACAACGCUUCUGCACCACGUCCCUAUACCGCUAGCUGCGUCCCAUCAGAGUGGAAGUUUAGCAGUGUUAUCAUCAGCAUUGUGGCUUUGCCACGAAUUGAAAUAUGUGAAACACUUACCCAAGUAAUUUUUAGCCAUAAAAUAGAUUUAACAAAUGAUUACUUAAUGGAAACUUGAGUAUGAAGUAUCGUGAUGUCAAAGUGAUCCAUGUAAUAUAUAAAAUACAAUAAUUCACCCAUGUUCGUGAUAGCAUAGAUAUUAGUCUUUUGGUUUCAUGAAUAUGAAGUAAAAGGAUAGAGCACGAUUCGGGACUAUUGAAACUGGCAUGAUGGUGCAGCUAAAACUUACAACAUUAUGCUGGUUUAUUUGUCAACGCAUUGUGCGACGAUAUUACAGUUAUUUGUAAAAAUGAAUUUAAAUUAUAUUCCGUAUAUUAUACAUGUAUGAUGAAAGUAUCGAAGUUUACGUGUCUUUUGUUCUUAAUUAAUGCGCGCAUUGAAUUUCACAUCCUCGUGUUAAACAAUAAAAUAUACAUAUUGCAUCACAUUGUAUAA